GACCUCCACUUCUAUGUGCAGGACGUGGAGACCGGGACCCAGCUGGAGAAGUUAAUGGAGACCAUGCGGAGUGAGAUCGCGGCCCACCCGCCCGUCGAGGGGUCCUACACGCCGCGCCGCGGGGACUACUGCAUUGCCAAGUUUGUUGACGGAGAGUGGUACCGCGCUCGUGUGGAGAAGGUGGAGUCCCCGGCCAAGGUGCACGUCUUCUACAUCGACUACGGCAAUAAGGAGACGCUGCCCUCCACCCGCCUGGCCGCGCUGCCCCACGCCUUCAGCACGCGCGCCCUGUCAGCCCAGGCCACCGAGUACAAGUUUGCCUUCAUCCAGGUGCCUCAGGAUGAGGAGGCGCGUGCGGACGCGGUGGACAGCGUGGUGCGGGACAUCCAGAACACGCAGUGCCUGCUGAACGUGGAGCACGCCGGUCCGAGCUGCCCCCACGUGACCCUCCAGUUUGCGGACUCCAAGGGCGACGUGGGGCUGGGGCUGGUCAAGGAGGGGCUGGUCAUGGUGGAGCCCCGCAAGGAGAAGCAGUUCCAGAAAGUGGUGACGGAAUACCUGAAUGCCCAGGAGGCUGCGAAGAGCGCCAGGUUGAACUUGUGGCGCUAUGGGGACUUCCGGGCCGACGACGCGGACGAGUUCGGCUACAGCCGCUGAGCCACGGUCCCUGUCCUCCCCCCUCCCRCCCCUCCGAGCCCUGCCCCCCCCUCCAGGAAGGGGUUGGGGGCGUGUCCUGGAGCGAAUGGACUUGGUGGACGCCCCAUGGCUUCCCUCCAGGCUGCCCCCCUCUUUGGGCAUGCGGUCAGUGGGUGGGGGGGGGGAGGUGGUGGUGAUGUCGUGCGCAAAGCUUUGUAUGCAAAUAAAAUUAGUAAGAAGCUGG